CGCGGGGCCGCCCCCACCCCGCCCCCCCAGUGACGCGAGAGCCCACUCGGAGCGCUGCGGCCGCGGUUUUCCUAUCUCCCGCCCCGGUCCUCUGCUGUGAUGGCUGCCGCGGGCCCUGGCGCCGUCUCCCUGUCCCCACUGCUGUCUCUUCUCCUGGGCCUGCUGCUCCUCUCUGCUCCGCAUGGCGGCAGCGGCCUGCACACGAAAGGCGCCCUUCCCUUGGACACAGUCACUUUCUACAAGGUCGUCCCCAAAAGCAAGUUCGUCUUGGUGAAGUUCGACACCCAGUACCCCUACGGUGAGAAGCAGGACGAGUUCAAGCGGCUGGCUGAAAACUCGGCCUCCAGCGAUGAUCUCUUGGUGGCAGAGGUGGGGAUCUCAGACUAUGGUGACAAGUUGAACAUGGAGCUGAGUGAGAAAUACAAGUUGGACAAAGAGAACUACCCAGUCUUCUACCUCUUCCGGGACGGGGACUUUGAGAACCCUGUACCAUACAAUGGGGCAAUUAAGGUCGGAGCCAUCCAGCGCUGGCUAAAGGGGCAGGGGGUCUACCUGGGCAUGCCUGGUUGCCUGCCUGCCUACGAUGCCCUAGCAGGCGAGUUUAUCAAGGCUUCCAGCGUAGAGGCCCGCCAGGCCAUCUUGAAACAGGGGCAGGAUGGCCUCUCAGGUGUGAAGGAGACGGAGAAGAAGUGGGCCAGUCAGUACCUGAAGAUCAUGGGGAAGAUCUUGGACCAAGGUGAAGACUUCCCAGCCUCGGAAGUGACGCGGAUCAACAAGCUGAUUGAGAACAAGAUGAGUGACAGCAAGAAGGAGGAGCUGCAGAAGAGCCUGAACAUCCUGACUGCCUUCCGGAAGAAGGGGGCCGAGAAGGAGGAGCUGUGACAGGGCACCAGGGUUUCCAGGGUUUGCUGGGGGCGGGAAGGGGAGAGCCACCUGCUGGCUGGAGGCCCCUGUGGGGGACAAGGGGUGGUGGAGCAAAGCAGUCCUGAGCCAGAAACCUGAGCCCCGAGUACGCCUGGACAUUCAUGCUGCUGAGACCAUACUUAGGACAUCCCUAGAGCCGGUGUGUGGAGAGCCUGUGUGCUCAGUCAAGGCUGGUGAGAUGCCCCCACAGAGGGAUUGGUGCUACAGAGGAGUUAAUUCUGAACAAAUAAAAGUCUGUUUUGGUUA